AUGGGUAAAUGUUCAAGAUCCAAACUUGGUGGCGGUUUCAGUAGUUGGGCCACCAACAUCAUUAUGAUUCCUCUUCUUCAGUGCCACUUGUUGUUUUUGUUGUUUGGCUCCACUUGUGUUUCAGUUUUACACUAUGUUUCGAUAUCCUCAUCUGUAGUUGUGGUAACACUUGAUCCUGUACCUGCACUUGGUUUCAUGGUCAUGGCUGGUGUGGCAGUUUCUUCUUCACACUCUUUAUCUUCGCUUGUAGAACUAUAUGCUGGUGAUUCUGGGAUUAAAUCAUCAAUUCUUCCACUUGUAGAUAUCAUGCCUGACGGGAAGAAGAAUCUGAUUCAAAACAUAUCUGGGAACGAAACCGACGACUGA